UUGGUGGUCAUUGUCACAUGAAACGGCAGCAGGAAGUGAGAAAUGCUGCGUUGAUCAAAUUGUUAGGGAAUAUGUGAAUUGAACAACUGCACGAUAAGAUGCGAGUGUCACAGGAUAGGCUGUAAAUAGAGGACGGAAGUGCAGCCGGACAAAUGAGUGUGCGUGCGUUGUGGAUUAUUUCUCACGAGAAGGGAGACAAUGUGUCAGUCCGCUUUACCAGGAGGUUUGCUACUGUGGAGCACCGUGCAAAGAUCCUGGCAGGUUCCUCAUACGUAGCAGUCCCAGAAGACUCCAGUGUGCUGCAGCUCCUGCUCACUGAGAUGGGACUUUCAGACUCAGACAAGUGCUAUGUCGCUCUCCGAGAUGAUUGCCUUCAUCGUCAGCGAUCACCAGCCCUGGAGCUGCGUGUGGACAGUCCUGGAAAGGGAAUACUUUGGCCAGUGUUGGCCAUCUCACACGGGCCUCUUACCCUAGUUUGCCUGCCUAUCGUGGAUGCCCCUGCUGAGCCACGGCCACCCCUUGCCAGCCUGCUGUCUGUCUCGCAGGGCCUAACACUCUUGGCAGGUCUGCAGACUUUUCUCCUCGGCUCUGGGGGAAAGCCUGAUAACGAGGGGCUGGCCUCUCGCCUGGCCAUGCUGCCAUCUGUACUCUUACAGGUUUGUCCACUUGGCACACCCCUGGAUGUGCCACUUUCGGGGGCACCUGCUACGUCCACAGUGCCUACUCCUGCUGGGAACCAGAAGCAGCCAGCCUGGAAGACGGGGCUCCACCGCGGUCGAGCUGUGGUGAACGUAGCACUGAAAGAAACAGUGCGCUCCAUGCAGUAUGGCAACCGGAGCAGACAGGACCUGUGGGAUGUUUAUGGCACUGUGACAUGCAAAUGUGAAGUGGAAGGCAUGCUCCCAAAUGUGACAAUGACCCUCACACUGCCACCAAAUGGUUCUCCACUACAGGACAUCCUGGUCCAUCCUUGUGUCACCUCACUGGAUUCUUGUAUCCUGACUGCCAGCAGUGUGGAUAACUGUGAUGGCUCAGCUUUCUCUGGACCAUACAAGUUCCCCUUCUCUCCUCCUCUGGAGCCGUUCAGACUAUGCAGCUACACAUCUCAGGUCCCUGUUCCCCCUAUCCUCGGUUCGUAUCAACUAAGGGAAGAAGAGAACCAUCUACACAUGUCAGUAAACCUCAAACUUCACGAGAGUGUGAAGAACAGCUUUGAGUACUGUGAGGCACACCUGCCAUUCUUUAACAGGGAUCAGAUGGGUGUUGUGGAUGUGAAGGUGAGCUCUGGACAAAUGGAUGUCUCAAAGGAGAAGAACCUCCUGGUCUGGGCCCUGGGACAAAAGUUCCCUAAAUCUCGAGAGGUCACAAUGGAGGGCAAGAUCAGCUUUUCUGGGGCGACACUAGGACCCACUGACCCCCUUUGCACAGAACUUACAGCCUAUAUCAAAUUGUAUUUCAAAGUGCCUGACAUGACACUUUCUGGAUGCUGUGUGGACCAGCAUUCAGUGCAGGUGUAUUCCUCUGCCAAACCACGGAUUAUAACAUCCCGAGAACUUCAAUCCAAAGAGUACUUCAUAUGGAAUUCAACUGGAACUGCGCCGGUAUCCUCUGGGCAGAUGAUGUUGUAGCAAAUGUCUGAAAACUGUUGAGCAAAUACUGCACAGUGAUCCAGUCUAGAAGUGUGACCCCAUACAGCAAGUUACUAUCCUGUUACUGCAGAGCUCACACAUGAUAGAACAUGUUGUUAGCAGUCUAAAUAAUUAGUAAAUAUUAGUCUAAUCAUGUUAUAAUUGUUUGCUUUAAUUUAACAACAAUGUGCCAAAUUUGACUGUCAGAAGUAUUGAUUUUGUUGAUGGAUGGAUACUUAAAAAACAAAAACAAUAACCUGUCCCUGUAGUCCAACUUCUUUUAUCCCCCAACCUUCACCCUCCCUCACAUAUAUCCCAUUGCAGACACAAGGGCCACCCCUCGCUCUGACAGUCCCACUUCAGUGACUCUCUAUCAGCCGGAUAAUUAGCAGCUGGGGCCUUGUCAUCAGCUGUUGUGGGCCUGGAAGAGAGGGGCGGCUGGGCUGUGAAAGGCCCGGCUGCUCUGGCCAGUGUCUUGGCUACAAAAGACUCCUCUUUUAGAGCUGGCAGGAGUCCUUGCACCCUUCACCAAUCACUCCCCCACCCCUUUUGACCCCAUCCCCGCCCUGUCAACUAGUGGCUAGUUCAAACACUCAAGCUCUCCAGCCAGACUGUGAUUGAGCGCUGACCUUCUGGCCCUCUGAGACUUAAAAGCAGCCGGCCCCAUUCAGAGAGAAGGACCUGCCUAAUUGGUGAAAAAGUCACAAGAAUGGAAAUGAUUGGGUCGUCUCUAGGUGGUGUACAUGCUUUAAAUUAAUUACUGUCGGACUUAAAGUAUAUUAUUUUGAUCUAUAUUGUGGUUACACAAGUGUCAUUGUAGUAUUAUAAUCAAUAUAAAGCUUAUUCUGAUUCUGAUAAUCAAUAUUAAAUUACUGUACAAAGAUAUUAUUUAACGAGGGGCAUGUAGUUACAAAUGUUUCUCACUGUUUACCUUUUUUAAUUUUUUUACCUGAACUAUGAUGGGUUUCAUACUAACUCAGUUAUGUUUCUGUUGUGGAAGCUCCACCUCAGUGUAUUAAGGUAAAUGAACAACCAGCCAAUGAAGGGUUAAAUCAAAGAAGAUUGUGGCCCACUAUUCCACAGCAGCCAGACUCCUCUGAGUGCCCUCAUUGUCUGCUGUUGGCCUCUUGUGCCCCUUACUGGUCCAAAUGCUACAUUCUCACGUGGAUUUCCACUCAGAAGGCUGACCAUGACCAAUCCUCUGUCAAUUGGAACCAAUUGCUCACACGGCAUCCUUCACCUUCUUUUUAUGUGGCGGUACGGAGUGGCAGACACCGAGACCUCUCGGCUCUCGCCCUGCACGAUGAUUUGGCUUUAAGGCCCAGUGUGUAUGGCUAGCGAACUGGAAGAGGAGAUGUUUUUUUGAAGAGUUGGGCCACUCUAAAUCUCUUCAGUUUCCAAAUUUUGUGGUCAGUCUGGCUCCUCAAGUCUGCAGUCAGUGGCCUCUCACUGGCUGACUUUGCUUUGUUGAUUGAAUGGCUUACUAAGUAGAUAGACUCGUUUUAAUGUGUUGUUCUGCUCCAGUGCCUUCAGCUCAUACCUCUGGGUCUUUAGCUCUACACAGUUUUUCAAAAUCAUUAAUUAUUUAUUUAUUUCAUCAUUGUUUACUCGUGUAUACACACACAUACAAAAAAGGGAUUAACACUUUUGUAACACAGGCCAAAAUACAUGCAUGAAAAUGUAGCAGUGUGGAUUGUCAGAGAUCAUGUUAAUAUAUUGCAAAUGUUGCAUAGCCUUUAAUGCCAAAAUAUUUAGAUACCAAAACAUUACCUACACUACAACUGGUAUCGACUUAACUGUUGGACUUUACUUGUCCCUUAACCCAAUAUUGACACCCAGUGGUAGAGUACACCAAAAUUCAUGUUGGACCUUUUGAUUUCUUUAAUACACUUUAAUGCUCAUUUCAUCUAUUGAAAUAGUUAUACUCAACCACUGCCAGAUACUCUUUGCUUGUUUAAUUCUCCCCACGCCUCCUGUGUGAUGAGAUCCCAGCAAUGUCCAUCUAACACACUGUGCCUAAGGACCAUGGCUUUUGUUGGCCAUUGUGGCCCCAGGUGUUUGCUAGGAGUCCAGUUCUUCUCAGCCUCUCUAAGCCCGCAAAGAGCUGGCCUCAGGGAGAUCGCUUGAAGAACGAUGGUGCAAUUAGCUGUUUCCUGUUUUCAGACUAAUUAUUGUUCAAGAGCCGCGCAGCUUCUCAAAUAAUGGGACAAUCUUUUAUUCUGAGGAUUUUUUUCAUUGCUAAUUUCUAUAGCAAAUGCCCAAUAAUAGGGCAGACGCUUCAAAGCUGUUGAAUCUCAACUCUUUGAACUAAAUAUCACAUUUAUUUUUGGAUGUUUGCUAUCAAUAUUUUAGUCUGGCCAAAUGAGCUUCAGACUCACUGCCUCGACAGCAAGUGUUCCCACUGCUUUCACCCAUAGAGGGCAUCAUACACUCAGACAUGUAGGAAGUAUCUGGAGCGCAUCAAGAGGUUCAUUCAUAUUCCGAGUUGGUUGACUAAGUGUUCUUUGUCCCAUCUUGGUUUUACCCCUGUCUUCUUUUCUCAGUACUUCCCUUUCAGAUUUCUUUGAUAAGUCUUUUGUCUUUCCUUUCUGGGACCAUGAGCUUUUUCUGUCUGGAUCACGUCUUCACCACCAUACAGCAGCUGGUUAAGCUGUCUCUCUUCAAAGAGUCGAGGCAGAGGUUUUGGGUCCCUAAGGUAGCUGGGGUCCAAACUUUCUCCUGUAGUCUCAUCCCAGAAGAUGUCCCUCUCUGUGGGCCUUCUCACAAGUUUCAGCCUCUGGAUGCCGUCUGUAUUUGUGUGCUGCAGGGUUAGGGAUAAAUGUCAGCGGGGCCUAUUUCCUUGCAGAAGCCAGCUACUGAUCUGACCAAUGAUGAGCUGGCAGUGACUUCAUUUGACCACGGUGGCAACUCAUGCACCUCACCUAGCAGCUACUGGAUCAGCUCCUGGCUUGGCUGGCCAUUAGAAGCUGGCAAUGCAAAUCCAUAGUAAUGCCAGUCGCCAACUGAAUGUCAUUGCUCUAAAGUAGUAAAUAUUUAAAAAUGUCUUGUAGUGACAGAAGGGGAGAUUAGGCGUUAGCAACCACAACUAUUAUCGAAGCCAAUGGUUCCCAAACGGUGUUGUGGCAGCACACUUGUGCUGUGAGGCGCGUCCAGGUGUGCUGUGGAAGUUUGUGACAUGCGCCUAGCACUCUACUCGCAUCUCUGGCGUUUCCUCUGCCGCGUGCAGCAUUGCAUGCAUCUUUCUCUUUGUCUCUUUGUCUUUGCCGCAUGUCUUUGGCCUGCCCACUCCUGAGCUAAGUGUGCAUCUUGUGUUUUUUAUGACCUGUCUGGUUUUAAUAGGUGUUGCUGCACUGAUGUAAUUUUACAAAGUUUCAAAUACAUUCUUCUAUUAUUGUUAAUAUUUCAUCGUAAUAUCCUAAUAUAUUUGUUUGUAAAAUUUUAGUUAGCAUUAUUACAUUAAAAAAACAAGGCUAUUUUGCAGAAUACAUGUGUGACAUGAAACUUUGCCUUUUGAUUUUGGAAAUCCACUGAUUUAAGCUAAACCUGUUCUUGUCACACUUAAAACAGUUGACAAAAGAAAGAUGACCAUGUAAAAACAAUAAGCAUACUUGCUUUUGUGAUAUUACUUUUACAUUUUAUAAUUACAGAUAUUAUAUUUAUCUCAUGAAUCAUGCUAAUCUAUUAAUGGUGUUACUGGUACUAUCUGCACUACUCUAUUGACUCCAGGUGUCACAUAAAGAACAAUGCAUAUUGAUCAUAAACUGUACAUAAAAAGUGGACGUAGUCAUCCUGACGUCACCCAUU